AUGGGUUCAACUGGCAAGGUUGCUCUGCCAGAGCACUGGACAGAGUUGAGCGCAGCCAGAGUGCACAGACAACAAUGUGCCGACGAAGUGGAUGCCAUCAAGAAGACGUGUUUAUCAGAAUGCGAAAAAGCAAACGUGGUGGAAUGCGAAAAAUGUUUCCCCAAAGUCCUCGACAGGAUGCGUGCUCGAUAUUGCGAUGCUGAAGGCAGAGAGUGGUUCUCAGAGCGAAGAGCAUUUCUGAAUGAACUGGACGUCAUGUUUACCGAUGUUAGAGAUCACAAGAAGAUCGACCUCAAGUCAAUCGAAGACAGUAUUGCAUCGGAAAAAGAGGCAUGGUACCGCUGGGUGCUACGCAUGUACCCGCAGUUCCUCUCAGUAGGAGACGGCGGGGCAGACCAAGACGAACUGAGAGCAAUGCUAGACGACCCGGUUAAGCGCUGGGAAGAGCUUACUGAGAGGAUAUGGGAGGGUGUUGGCAAGCCAGCCAACUGGGAAGCCGAUGUGGACUCCCUUACCGAUCAGAUUACAGUCGCCAAAAACGAUGCAGCAUCAUUGAAACAGAUCUAUAUCAACUUCUUCUUCAAAGAUCCACAAACGGGUGAGGUGGUGGAAAAUGCGCAGCAAUACCUAGAAGCGUAUGCGGCCAGCGACACAAUGUCCAUCGAGCAAGUCAUUGACCGGAUUUCACAAGAUCACAAAGCGAGCCUUACGACGGAACCGCAACGUGAUCAUCACAAAAACCGACUGGAUGAGCUGCGUCGAGCAAAGAUGGCGUUUGAGCAGAACAGGCUACAGAAUAAGACUCGAGCCCAAGCAAGCCAAACGCCUGCUGUUUCCCAGGACCUAUACAGCCUACCGCCAUGUGCGGUUUGUGCAGAUACAGUGGACCCUAAGAAUGUUCUCUCGUGCUCUGUCUGCCAAGCACUUGCUCAUAUGGGUGGCCAAAGGGAAUUAACAGUAUGGUGCUCGGAUGAUUGCUUCAACAAGGGUGCUGGCGAUCACAAUGAAAUGGAGCACGACUGCGAGAGCGGAGAUAGAUGUGUGCAGUACGAGGACGAAGACAUCGAAAUGCAGGACUGGACUAGCAACGCAGUGGCGUGCGGAGAAUGCAUCGAUCAAAAGAGGGAUACUAUAUACUGCUCCAUUGGAUGUGCAGCAUCCAAUCUCGCAAGGCAUAGACACGAAAAACAUGGACUCAAGACGGCUGCCUAUGAGAUUAAGAAGCUGGCAGUACCGUUAUGGGAUGUUGUGGACAAGACUCUGAAGGAGGCAAACCCGGGACUGAACGCGAUAGAAACUCACCAACCACCGCCUCCGCCACCACCAGCGCCAUCAAAGACUUUUACCAUUGACUUUGAAGUUCCAACACAAUCAGACGUCGAUGAGAACUUUGACAACCUUCGCGACUCACAUGCGCAGUUCAUAGACUCGAUAUUUCCAUCAGAUCCAGACACGGAUCUCAGUAGCUUCGAAGACUCACCUCUCACGGGCUUUCCUACACCAUCUUCGUCUCACACACAUUCGAUACAGUCUCUUCAUGCAAAACCCCAGUUCAACCUUGACUCUGCGGAGUCGCUGUUAGUUUCAUUUCGGGGGAUGUUGGUUCAUUAUCCUGUUAUUGUGUUGAAGCCUGAUGAGACGGUGGCCAGUCUUGCUGCUACGAAGCCUUUUGUUUUGUUGGCGAUAUUGGCUGCAGCAUCUGGAUCGCGCACUUUGCAGGGACAUACGCUCUAUGACGAUGAAUUCCGAAAAGUGUUGGGCCUCAAGUUUGUGGCAAGCGGUGAGAGGAGCAUGGAAUUGCUACAAGGGGUUCUCAUCUAUUGCGCUUGGUACCCAUUUCACCUAAGACCCAAGAACAGACAAGCCUUCCAAUAUUACCGUAUGGCUUGUGAUCUGUUAAACGACCUUGAUCUUGACCAAGAAAUGCCUAAUCUUGAGCACACGAUACCGGGCGAUAUGAGCAGUAUGCAACUCGACAGACUACGGGCGUAUCUGGCAUAUCACUACGCCGUGUCAAACUUCCUCUGCACUUGGAAGAAGAUAGAUCUUCUCAUGCCUCAGUGGACGCCCUGGACCACAACGUGCUGCGAACUACUUCACCGCCAUGCGGAAGUUGAUGGUGAUGUGUCACUGAGCUACCUUGUUCGACUUGCAAAUAUGACGACCACGGCGAAUAAUUCGAUACGAGAUAAUGAUCCACAGGUGAACCAGCAGGUUCAACUUAUGCUGUUGGGACUCGAGACGCAGCACAGGGAGAUGAAAGAGAUCAUGGUACCACAUCUCUCUCGUUCAGCACCUGUGAAACUCGCACAUCUGUUCUUCGACGUCUUUUUGCAAGGUGGUGCCAUCUUCUACCUCACACGCACCAACACAAGAAAACCUCAUUUCAUCCACCCAUCAUCAGCUCGUCUCACACGUUGCGUGAAUAACACCCGCGCCCUGUUCGACUACCUCCUCAAUCUCAACAACUUCCAAUAUUUCACAAGCAUUGAUUGGACAAAGUUCAUCCUCUCCGUAAUCCUCGCUGUGCGACUCUCUUUCCCCAUAUCUGAUGUUCCAGACUGGGAUCAUACUUGGGCACGCUCACAGUUACGGUUUGACGAAUUUCUCGAGUCCAUGUGUGACGGACCGGAGGAUCUCACACCGUCGAGUAAACGUGUCGACGUACUCUCCGCAAGUCGUGUGAUACUGCGUGUUGUGAAAGCAAAGUACGACAGACGCAUUGCUAUGCUCACAGCACCGAGUCUGACUUCAAAGGGCGUGGGACACCAAGGAUGUCCCAUGUUCGAUAAAGAUAUGCAGCCAUACAUCUCGGCGUGGGACACAGACUUUGACAUGAAUUCCGCAAUGCUUACACCGAGUCUGAGUAUCGAUGGGCAGCAAACUAUGUACCAUGAUCUAUGGGCGACUAUGACCAUGGGUUGGGCAAAUGAUGGCUCGGUGGACUCGUAG